AUGUCGAAAGCGAAGACUGACAAGGCGACUAAGUCGCUGGCUGAAGAGCCUCAUGGCUAUGAGUUUCUAGGACCCCCCGGAGCUUUCAUCAUCUCUUUCGGUCUUCCAGUUUUGGUGUACGUCUUCACGUUUCUGUGCAAUGACAUCUCUGGAUGCCCGGCGCCUGUCCUUCUCCACCCUUACAGCUUCACUCUCGAGCAGCUGAAGAAGGAGGUAGGGUGGACUGGCUUCUCGGGUCUACUCAAUACCCAGGCUUUCCUUGGUACCCUGGCCUACUAUUUCUUGAGUCUGUUCCUCUACCGAUUCCUUCCUGGCCAGGAAGUUGAGGGUACCGAGCUCAGGAGCGGCGGAAGGCUCAAGUACAGGUUCAAUGCCUGGAACUCAGCCCUCUUCAUCAUGACUCUUCUCGCUGCUGGUACCAUCUCCCAGGGUGCCGAGUUCCCCGUCUGGACCUUCAUCACCGACAACUACGUCGGCAUCCUGACGAGCAACAUUCUCAUUUCCUACUUCUUGGCCACUUACUGCUACGUCGCUUCUUUCAGUGUCAAGCACCCCAAGGACCCGUCUAUGCGUGAGCUUGCUGCCGGUGGCCGUACCGGUAACAUGCUUUACGACUGGUUUAUCGGACGUGAGCUGAACCCCCGUGUCAACAUGCCUAUCUUCGGAGAAGUUGAUAUCAAGGCAUGGUGUGAGCUUCGCCCCGGAAUGCUAGGAUGGAUCAUCCUCGACUUGGCCUUCAUCAUGCAGCAAUACCGCAACUUCGGCCGCGUCACUGACAGCAUCCUCCUCGUCACCAUCGCCCACACCGUGUACACAUUCGACGCGCUGUUCAUGGAGCCCGCUAUCCUUACCACCAUCGACAUUAUCGCCGACGGAUUUGGUAUGAUGCUUUCCUUCGGCGACCUCGUCUGGGUGCCCUUCACAUACUCCAUCCAAACCCGCUACCUCUCCAACUACCCCGUUGAUCUCGGUCCCGUUGGUAUCGCUGGCGUGUUGGCCGUCCAGGGUAUCGGAUACUACAUCUUCCGCUCCGUGAACAACGAGAAGAACCGAUUCAGGACCGACCCCAACGACCCGCGUGUCAAGCACCUCAAGUGCAUCGAGACCGCCGCAGGUUCCAAGCUUCUGAUCAGUGGCUGGUGGGGCAUGGCGCGUCACAUCAACUACCUUGGCGACUGGUUCAUGAGCUGGAGUUACGUUUUACCUACUGCAAUGUCUGGUUACCUCAUCAAGAACGCGGCUCAGUCUCCCAUCACAGCAGCUCAAACCGAUGCCUACUUCUACCAGAACAGCUACGGAAAGUACGCCGUCCCUGGUGAGGCCAAGGGCUGGGGUAUGAUCUUCACCUACUUCUUCAUGGUCUACUUUGCCAUCCUACUUAUCCACCGUGAGCGUCGCGAUGAAGAGAAGUGUCGCAGGAAGUACGGCAAAGACUGGGACCGCUACGUCGAGCUUGUCCCGUACAGGAUCGUACCUGGCAUCUAUUAG